CUAGAAAGUUGGUACGUUCUUAGUGAGCCGUACUACGACAAAUUGGUUAGACUACAUCAUUCAUUUGUAUGGACAGAAAACCUUUCACCACACCUGUAAGCCAAACCUUGUAGUAAGGUUUAACCAGACGCAUUUAAAAAAAAAAGUAUUUCUUUUCCAUAUUUCCACUUGAAUUUUCUGAUAGCAUCAAGCCUCAUUUUCCAUGAUCAGAAUCCUCCAAUCCUCUUACUACCACGUCAACAACCUGCAAAUACAAUCUACAGCGACAGAUUAUCCAAAACUAGGAGCCAUAUCAAUCCACCAGGUCGAAUUAGAAGUAGAGUUAAGAUUGACAACACAAAAAUAUUAUCUAAAGUUCAUGCCGAGAACCAAUCAAGCCAGACAAUCAAUCUUCAACAAGAGCAGUCUCAAGGCGCAAUUCGAGAUAUCUCACAUAAUUCUCCUACUUCUCACUCUAUUAGAACAAAUUCAAUCAAGCCAAAAACAAUGGUGGCACCAAUCAAUCCCCCCACAAGUCAACCCAACAACCCGAGUCCCAAACCUCCUCCAGCUCCAGUCCUCGCACCCACCACAAACACACCAUCAAAGCCUAUGGGCCGAAAGAGCUCCUCGAUCUUCUUCCACCAACCCAUGACCAACAGCAACAGCAAUUGGUCUCCCAACAACUCCAAUCUGCAAAGCGACCGCAGUCUCUUCGUCUCCGUCGAAGGCACAAUGUUCCUUGAUAUCCGCGGUCCUCCUCCUACUACUUCAAACAAACGUCGCAAGAAUCUACAUACACCUAUCCUAGAAGAUGUCCCUGCUUUCUUUCUCCCUGGACCGGCUAAUCGAUCGCUUGUAGAUGCGCUUUCUGCCAUUGAUGUAAAGACCAAUUGCAAAGACACGCAUUAUAGUGUUGGGAGUAUGGAAGCUUUGGAUCUUGCUGGUGAUAAGGAUGCUGAGACGUUUAAGGUGGUUGGAAGUAGAAAAAGAGUAUUGGGGAGUAUGGAGAUGCAGGGUCGUGGUAUUGGGGAAUGUAAUUCUGUGGUCGUUGGUGCGCCGGAUGCGGUUCCUAUUAAGUGUAUGGAGGAUCUUAGGCUGGAUGAUAAGAGGGUUGAUGGUGAUGGGGAUGUUGAUAUGCAUAGUCGCCAUGCUGAAUCACCAAGGCUUGGAAAGGGAAAAAGAAGGUUCAGUGCAGGUGUUUAGCUAUAUCCUGGUACUGACUGACACAAUGAGUCGAUGAGUCGAUGUGGAGGGAUGAUUCCUGUCCCAAAACCGGAUGGAAAUUUCAUGGAUGAUGAAUAGUUUGAGGUUACAAGGGAGAUUUUGGAAUAAGAUUGAUGCUUCAUUGAGCAUAGGGUUUACAUGUUCAUGCAUAUAAUGGGGUACUUAUUUUUCUACGUUUCCUACAGUGUAUUUAGAUGUAUUUCAUAUAUCUAUUUCAUGUAGAUAGCUGGGUGAAUGGAUGAAUAGAUACA